UUGAGAUCCAGAACUUGCAGGGACAAUGCAGCGAGUUACAAAUCCAGCUAAAAAACUGCAGAAAAGUAGAGAAUAAUUGCAAUGAACAGUCAAAAUCUGGCAUGCUGGACCUGAAGAAAGAAAUUGAAAAAGAAGUUUCUGAACGUCUAGAAAAGGGUCGAACAUCUGAGCAACUUUUGAAAUUGCAAGCUGAGUUAGAAGAGGCGAGACAUAUGCUUAGAAAUAAGGAAAAUUCACUCAGUGAGCUGCAUAAGGAACUGGGCCCGAACAAGAGCUUUAGAACUGAAGGCCUUCCAGGAAAAAGAGGAUAUCCGGUCUCAAAUGGAAGCAAAAAAUGAAGAGACUGAGAAGAAGUUACAGGAGUCUGAAUUGUUAAGAAGGCAGAUUGCAUCUCUUGUGGAAGAAAACGGGAAACUACUUGGACAUCAAAAUCCACAACAGAAAAUUCAGUAUCUAGUGAAACUGAAAAAGGACAACAACAAACUUAUUGAGGAGAUAAACAAACUACGAGCAGAAAACCUGCUAUUCAGAGAAGGCAAGAAACCCGAACAAUAUCCUGACUUUUAA